AUGGUAGCGCUGGGCCUCUCUAGCCCUCGCCCGCCGUCGUCUCAGUGGUAGCGCGGGGACCUGCGGGAAAAGCGGGUCGGUAAAGUCGCCGUGCGUGGUUGCCGGUGCUGCUGGAACCCGAGCGGAAGAGAGUUCACGGGUGAUAACCACGUGACUUAUUAGAGAUCGCUAGACAAAAUCAAACGGGAAAUUUGCUAGAAUCAAGAAUGAUGGAUCCAUGUUCAGUUGGAGUCCAGCUUCGUAUCACAAACGAGUGCCAUAAAACCUACUAUACUCGUCACACAGGUUUCAAGACUUUGCAAGAGUUGUCAUCAAAUGAUAUGCUUUUACUUCAACUGAGGACUGGAAUGACACUUUCUGGGAACAAUACAAUUUGCUUUCAUCAUGCAAAAAUUUACAUUGAUAGAUUUGAGGAUUUGCAGAAGUCAUGUUGUGACCCAUUUAACAUACACAAAAAACUAGCCAAAAAAAAUUUGCAUGUAAUUGACUUAGAUGAUGCCACUUUUCUGAGCGCAAAAUUUGGCAGACAGCUGGUACCUGGUUGGAAGCUUUGUCCCAAAUGUACGCAGAUCAUCAAUGGAAGUGUGGAUGUUGACUCUGAAGACCGGCAGAGGAGAAAACCUGACUCAGAUGGAAGAACUGCUAAAGCUUUGAGGUCAUUACAAUUUGCAAACCCAGGAAAGCAAACUGAAUUUGCUCCAGAAACUGGUAAAAGAGAAAAAAGAAGGCUUACAAAGAAUGCAUCCGCUGGUUCAGACAGACAAGUGAUACCAGCAAAGAGUAAGGUCUAUGAUAGCCAGGGCCUCCUCAUUUUCAGCGGGAUGGACCUCUGCGACUGCCUUGAUGAAGACUGCUUAGGAUGCUUCUAUGCGUGUCCUGCCUGUGGUUCUACCAAGUGUGGGGCUGAAUGUCGCUGUGACCGCAAGUGGCUGUACGAGCAGAUUGAAAUCGAAGGAGGAGAAAUCAUUCAUAAUAAACAUGCUGGAUAAUUUGUGGUA